GUCACCAAGAUGCAACAUGAAAACACUGGAGGAACGCUUCAGUGAAUGUCUCGGCAUUGUCAAAAUCAGAGUUCAGCCGUUUAUAACAGAAAAGACUUUAAUUGCCUUUGUAAAAACUGCCUGCAAGAACAAUAAUUUAUUCAAGCACUGCAUCAACUCGAAAAUCCCAUCCUCUUGUCUCAAUGACGACACCGUCUUGCAAUCGGCAGAGCUAAAGCCUUAUAUCGACAUUUAUGAGAACUACAGAUGGACCUGCAAAUUUGGAGUCACAUCCGGGCCACAGUGCAAUGCCAAAAUAGAGAACAACUUAGAGGAGUGCACUGGAAUCCUAGAUGCCCUGGUGCCAAAAGAUAUGUCAGUUUUUCACCCUGCAGACGAAGUUAACCAGACGUGCAGGUUGCAACAUUGAUACACUGACCUCGAAGCUGAGGGAAUGCCGGGGAUUUAUUGAUUUUGUUGUCAAGCCAAACAGUGCUUUAUCAUUCUCAAUGCCUGAAUCUUGCUUGGGUCUUCAAGAUUACAGGACUUGUGUGUAUGCUGGUGUGAUGGAGGCAUGUGGUGCAAGUGCCAAUGGUCUGAUCAAGAGUGUCAAAGUGGACUUUUACAUCAACAAAGUAUUGCACAAGCAUGCUUCUGUAUGCAGUCACAAGGCUGAUACUGUCCCAGCAUGCAAUGAUGAGGAACUUGCAGAAAAUUUGAGGCGCUGCAAAGGUAUCAUUCGCUGGCUGGUAUUUCCAAGCACUGAAAAUCCUGAUGAUGAGAGUCAAGAAAAGUUGGCUUGCAUGGCCACAAUCGAUUACCAGAAAUGUGUAACGAAGUCAGCUCGCAAAGUGUGCCCAAACGUAAAUAUCUACAGCAAUGAGAAUAUGGAUGAUCUUACUCAGGGGCUCUUUACCAAGUUCAACUCUACCUGCUACAAAAGGAAAAAAAAAACCACAAUAGCAGUCUCAAAAAAUCUUACCACAGUGGCACCCCUAAAAACACCAUUGUGCUCAGAGAAAUCAGCUUUAAAAGCCCUUAUGGAGUGCAUGGGAUUUAUACAUAUGAAAGUCAUACCCAACACUGUUGCCAGGGGUAACCCUGAAAUGCUAAAAGUUGCUUGCAGGUCUAUGAAGCACUAUCAACAUUGUGUCAAUCAGAAGAUUGAAACAUGUGAGAACAGUCAAGUCCUGGAGUCUCUGAUGAUAAAAUAUUACACUGGCGAGCUGUACCGAAAGUAUGAAUGGACCUGUCAGCCUGUUGCCCCAAAAGCUGUUUGCAACCCACUCUUGGUUUUAGGCCAUUUGGAAAAUUGUUCUAAAGAACUGAAUCAUACAAUUCAAGGUCUGAACCCAGAGGAGGCUAAUAGCUUGAAGCUGGACAAAGCAUGCAUGGGAGUUUCAGCCUAUCACAGUUGCAUAAAUUCACAAGUUAAUGUCAAGUGUGGCAACAAACUCCUGCCCCAGACCCCACAUGUCUUGCACUACACACGGGACUUGUACAAUAUGUACAACUGGACAUGUCAACCCGAACAUGGAGACAACUGUGAUGGCAGUGAAGUUUUGGAUUCCCUAACAGAGUGCUUAGGAUUUCUGAAUGUUCUUGUGAUUCCUUACGUCCAAAAUUCAAGCAAAAAUGCAUCACUAGAAACUGCAUGCUCAGGCUAUCAAGAGUUCAAAUAUUGUGCACUUUUAUCCGUCUAUGGGAAAUGUGCACGCCGUCCAUAUGUCUUAAAGCUGCCACGGGUGCAGUACUUCACUCAUGACCUAGUGCAAAGCUAUAAGUGGACUUGUGAUGCAAUCCACCAUGGCAAAGCUUCAGUCUGUCAGACAGACGUGCUACUGAGCCAGCUCAAGAAGUGUUAUGAUGACCACGUGAAGAAACACGUCCUUCCAAAUGCAGACAUUGGAGGGCCAUCAGCUAAAAUGCAGCUUGCAUGCUUAGCUCUUAACAGAUACCAAGAGUGUGUAAACGAAGAAGUCAACACAAACUGUGGAAAUAACCAAGGCCAAGUGCUGAUGCUUGAUGCAGUAAAAAACUACACUUACAUUGUGUAUGAAAAAUUUCAGUGGGCUUGCGAUAUGCACCCAGACUGCAAUAAGAACAGUCUUUUGAAUGAACUGACCACAUGCAAAGGAAUUAUAAACAUCAAGGUGGUUCCAAAUGCCCUGAAUAUGUCAGACAAUGCAAAACUCAGAGAAGCCUGCAGAGGAAUCCAAUUCUAUCAAGCCUGUGUCAAUGAAAAAAUGAGACUGAAGUGUGCCAUGGAUUCACCAGUUUUUCUUCUGCCUGAAGUUGCUUACUUUACAUUUGUAAUGUUCAAUAAGUUCAACUGGACUUGCUUCCAUCAGUCUCAGGAAGGCAAGUACUUUGCAUAAAUUCUGUGUCUACACCAGAGUGUCAAACCGAAACUUUGGUUGG